AUGUUCGGUCGAUCUAUGAAGGCAGCAGCGCUAUUGAUCGCACUUCUCAUUGAUGGCAGUCAAGCAAAUCAGCCGAAUAGAGGCCGUUCCGCACAUCGCGCCCAUCAUGCUCGGAGAUCGGAGCCGGUUGAUAAGUCAAAUUAUCGAUUCCUGACGAACAAGACCGAAUCUCAUGUGGUAGAAAGCCUACCAGACGUUCAUUAUGACUUAGGGGAGAUGUACUCGGGCUUUAUGCCCGUCCGGGACAAUGCUUCCCUGUUUUAUAUAUUUCAGCCGAAGCUUGGGGAGCCCAGUGACGACCUCACAAUUUGGCUCAAUGGUGGGCCGGGAUGUAGUUCGAUGCAAGGAUUUUUGCAAGAGAACGGACGCUUUACUUGGCUACCCGGCACCUAUGAGCCAGUUAUUAAUGAAUACUCAUGGGUCAAUUUAACUAAUAUGCUGUGGGUCGACCAACCUGUUGGAGUUGGAUUCUCAAGUGGCGAGCCGACUGCUACGAACGACGAGGAUCUCGCUGACGAUUUCGUCAAAUUCUUGAAAGAGUUCCAACAAGAAUACGGCAUCAAGAACUUCCGCAUCUUUCUAACUGGUGAAAGCUAUGCAGGCCGCUACGUGCCCUACAUAUCCGCCGCUAUGCUCGACAAGAACGAUACCGAGUACUUCAACCUUAGCGGAGCUCUGAUGUAUGACGCCUGCAUCGGCCAGUGGGAUUAUAUCCAGGCUGAGCUCCCAUCUUAUCCCUUCGUCGAGCAACAUGCCGAGCUGUUCAAUUUCAACCAAUCUUUUAUGGGGGAGCUGGAGGCCACUUACGAACAAUGCGGUUACAAGGAAUAUUUCGACGAAUAUUUCACUUAUCCGGCUUCUGGAUUGCAACCCUCCAAAUAUAUGAACUACUCCGACGUCGAUUGCGACAUUUACAACAUGAUCUAUUUUGAAGCUUACACUCCGAACCCAUGCUGGAGUCCUUACAAGAUCAGCCAAACAUGUCCAUUGCUAUGGGACGUUCUGGGAUUCCCCACAGAUCUAGCCUACGAACCAGGCCCCAACACCUAUUUCAACCGCACAGACGUCAAAAAAGCUCUGCAUGUCCCCGAGAAUAUUGACUGGGAGCUCUGUAGCAUUGAAAGUGUCUUCGUGAGCGAGAACCCCGGGCCCGAGCAACAAUACGAUGAGUCUCCCAAUCCCACAGAGCACAUCCUGCCCCGGGUUAUCGAAGCAACAAAUCGGGUUCUGAUAUCGAACGGAGAUUGGGACUAUCUGAUUAUCACAAAUGGAACGUUGCUCGCAAUCCAGAACAUGACCUGGAACGGCGAGCUUGGUUUCCAGACUCGUCCUAGCAAGCCUAUUCAUAUCGACAUGCCUGACUUGCAGUAUGCUCCCGUCUUUGACGCCCAGCUCGAUUAUGGUGGUCUCGAUGGCCCGCAGGGCAUCAUGGGGGUUCAACACUAUGAACGUGGUCUGAUGUUUGCGGAAACCUUCCAAGCGGGUCAUCGACAGUCCCAGGAUCAGAGCCGAGUGUCUUACCGUCAUGUUCAGUGGUUAUUGGGUGAUGAUGAGCAUCUAUGA